AUGGCGCUCCAGCCACUGCUCCGCCUCCUCCUCCGGCCACCCCUCCCGCCUCCGCCUCCGCCGCCGCACCGGGCGCCACAUCUCCCACCCACUUCAUCCACCCGCCGCGCCGCCGCCGCCGCGCUCCUCCUGCUCGCCGUCGCGCCCCCUCCGCGGCUCGCUCGCGCCGAGCCCGACGGCGAGGACGACGUCGACGAGCCCCGCGUCGUCCGCCUCUUCGAGGAGGCGUCGCCCUCGGUGGUCUUCAUCAAGGACCUUGUCAUCGCCGCGCGGCCGCGGGGACGGGGCGACGGGGGAGCGCAGCAGACGGUGGAGGACGAAGAGAGGGGCGCCACGGUGGAGGGGACCGGCUCUGGCUUCGUGUGGGACUCCUCGGGCCACAUUGUAACAAAUUACCACGUGGUUGCAAAAUUAGCUGGGGAUGGAUCUGAAUCACAUCGCUGCAAGGUCUUCUUACAGGAUUCGAGUGGCACUAGUUACUCAAAGGAAGGGAGGCUUAUAGGAUAUGAUCCAACAUAUGAUCUUGCUGUUCUGAAGGUUGAUGUUGAUGGUGAUAGGUUGAGACCUGCUCUUAUCGGCACUUCACGGGGUUUGCGAGUUGGGCAGAGCUGCUUUGCCAUUGGAAACCCUUUAGGAUAUGAACACACCUUAACUACUGGGGUGGUUAGUGGAUUGGGGAGGGAGAUACCAUCUCCCAAUGGGAGGAUGAUUCGUGGAGCCAUACAGACAGAUGCUGCUAUAAAUGCUGGUAAUUCAGGAGGCCCGCUAAUUGACUCUUAUGGCCAUGUAAUUGGAGUUAACACUGCUACAUUCACACGCAAAGGAUCUGGCAUUUCUUCCGGGGUGAACUUCGCCAUCCCUAUCGAUACCGUUGUACAGUCGGUGCCUACCCUAAUAGUGUAUGGAACCACUGUAAGCAACAGGUUUUAGUUAACCCUGCUGUACAUUCUCUGCUCAAUCAAUGCAAGUUCUCUCUUUGCUGCGUC